AUGAAUACAAAACGUUUUGUGCAAAAGCGUUGUAAAAUCUUUGGCAUAUUAGGUCUUGCAUCAUUGGCUUCUGCUGCAAUUAUCCCUUAUGAUGGGUUAAGGCUGCAAGCUGCUGAUAUCUCCGAUGUGUCUAGAAGUGAACCUAUACAGAAUGCUGAAACGACCAUCUUAAAUGAUGAGGGAUAUAAGUAUAAGUCUGUGCGCCGUUUAAAAUAUCGUAAACGAAGAGACGUUUCCGAGGUUGCAAACGAAUAUUUGCCACCAGCCGGGGAAAUUGCAACUGAGGCUGUUGCUGAUGAACAGCCUGAGGAAGGAUCUCAAGAUUCAUCGGUUUUGGGUGCUGAUGGUUAUGAAUAUAAAACCGUUAGUCGUUUAAAGUAUCGCCAACGUCGUGAUGUGUCCGAAGUUGCAAACGAAUAUUUGCCACCUGCCGAGGAAGCUGUCACUGAAGCUGUUGCUGAUGAGCAGCCUGAGGAAGGAGCUCAAGAAUCUGCUGUUUUGGGAGCUGAUGGCUAUGAGUACAAAACUGUACGGCGUCUGAAAUACCGUCAACGUCGUGAUGUGUCCGAAGUUGCAAACGAAUAUUUGCCACCUGCCGAGGAAGCUGUCACUGAAGCUGUGGACGAAGAACAGCCUGAGGUAGGAGCUCAAGAAUCUGCUGUUUUGGGAGCUGAUGGCUAUGAGUACAAAACUGUACGUCGUCUGAAAUACCGUCAACGUCGUGAUGUAUCCGAAGUUGCAAACGAAUAUUUACCACCUGCCGAGGAAGCUGUAACUGAAACUGUUGCCGACGAACAGCCUGAGGAAGGAGCUCAAGAAUCUGCCGUUUUGGGAGCUGAUGGCUAUGAGUACAAAACUGUACGUCGUCUGAAAUACCGUCAACGUCGUGAUGUAUCCGAAGUUGCCAACGAAUACUUGCCACCUGCCGAGGAAGCUGCCACGGAAGCUGUUCUUGUUGAACAGCCUUUGGAAGAACCUCAAGAUUCCACUGUUUUGGGAGCAGAUGGCUAUGAAUACAAAACUGUCCGUCGUUUGAAAUACCGUCAACGUCGUGAUGUAUCCGAAGUUGCAAACGAAUACUUGCCACCUGCCGAAGAAACUGUUACUGAAGCUGUGGCAGAUGAACAACCUUUAGAAGAACCUCAAGAUUCCGCAGUUUUGGGAGGUGAUGGCUAUGAAUACAAAACUGUCCGUCGUUUGAAAUACCGUCAACGUCGUGAUGUAUCCGAAGUUGCAAACGAAUACUUGCCACCUGCCGAGGAAGCUGCCACGGAAGCUGUUCUUGUUGAACAGCCUUUGGAAGAACCUCAAGAUUCCACUGUUUUGGGAGCAGAUGGCUAUGAAUACAAAACUGUCCGUCGUUUGAAAUACCGUCAACGUCGUGAUGUAUCCGAUGUUGCAAACGAAUACUUGCCACCUGCCGAAGAAACUGUUACUGAAGCUGUGGCAGAUGAACCUCAAGAUUCCGCUGUUUUGGGAGCUGAUGGCUAUGAAUACAAAACUGUUCGUCGUUUGAAAUACCGUCAACGUCGUGAUGUAUCCGAAGUUGCCAACGAAUACUUGCCACCUGCCGAGGAAACUGUCACUGAAGCUGUGGCUGAAGAACAGCCUGAGGAAGGAGCUCAAGAAUCUGCUGUUUUGGGAGCUGAUGGCUAUGAAUACAAAAGUGUCCGCCGUUUGAAAUACCGUCAACGUCGUGAUGUAUCCGAAGUUGCAAACGAAUACUUGCCACCUGCCGAGGAAGCUGUCACUGAAGCUGUUGUUGAUGAACAGCAUUUGGAAGAACCUCAAGAUUCCGCUGUUUUGGGAGCUGAUGGCUAUGAAUACAAAACUGUCCGCCGUUUGAAAUACCGUCAACGUCGUGAUGUAUCCGAAGUUGCAAACGAAUACUUGCCACCUGCCGAGGAAGCUGUCACUGAAGCUGUUGCUGUUGAACAGCCUUUGGAAGAACCUCAAGAUUCCGCUGUUUUGGGAGCUGAUGGCUAUGAAUACAAAACUGUCCGUCGUUUGAAAUACCGUCAACGUCGUGAUGUAUCCGAAGUUGCAAACGAAUACUUGCCACCUGCCGAGGAAACUGUCAUUGAAGCUGUGGCUGAAGAACAGCCUGAGGAAGGAGCUCAAGAAUCUGCUGUUUUGGGAGCUGAUGGCUAUGAAUACAAAACUGUCCGCCGUUUGAAAUACCGUCAACGUCGUGAUGUAUCCGAAGUUGCAAACGAAUACUUGCCACCUGCCGAGGAAGCUGUCACUGAAGCUGUUGUUGAUGAACAGCAUUUGGAAGAACCUCAAGAUUCCGCUGUUUUGGGAGCUGAUGGCUAUGAAUACAAAACUGUCCGCCGUUUGAAAUACCGUCAACGCCGUGAUGUAUCCGAAGUUGCAAACGAAUACUUGCCACCUGCCGAGGAAGCUGUCACUGAAGCUGUUGCUGUUGAACAGCCUUUGGAAGAACCUCAAGAUUCCGCUGUUUUGGGAGCUGAUGGCUAUGAAUACAAAACUGUCCGUCAUUUGAAAUACCGUCAACGUCGUGAUGUAUCCGAAGUUGCCAACGAAUACUUGCCACCUGCCGAGGAAGCUGUCACUGAAGCUGUUGCUGAUGAACAGCAUUUGGAAGAACCUCAAGAUUCCGCUGUUUUGGGAGCUGAUGGCUAUGAAUACAAAACUGUCCGCCGUUUGAAAUACCGUCAACGUCGUGAUGUAUCCGAAGUUGCAAACGAAUACUUGCCACCUGCCGAGGAAACUGUCACUGAAGCUGUGGCUGAAGAACAGCCUGAGGAAGGAGCUCAAGAAUCUGCUGUUUUAGGAGCAGAUGGCUACGAAUACAAAACUGUCCGUCGUUUGAAAUACCGUCAACGUCGUGAUGUAUCCGAAGUUGCCAACGAAUACUUGCCACCUGCCGAGGAAGCUGUCACUGAAGCUGUUGCUGAUGAACAGCAUUUGGAAGAACCUCAAGAUUCCGCUGUUUUGGGAGCUGAUGGCUAUGAAUACAAAACUGUCCGUCGUUUGAAAUACCGUCAACGUCGUGAUGUAUCCGAAGUUGCAAACGAAUACUUGCCGCCUGCCGAAGAAACUGUUACUGAAGCAGUUGCUGAUGAACAGCCUGAGGAAGGAGCUCAAGAAGACACUAUUUUGGGAGCUGAUGGCUAUGAGUAUAAAACCGUUCGUCGUUUGAAAUAUCGCCACCGUCAAUAAACAUGAUAAAUAUAUCUAUGGAUGGUAAUGAGUUUUGUUAAUUUCGUACCUGUUCAUAUAUAUAUUCAAUGAU